GUAUAUCUCUUGGAACUAUGUUCUUUAAUAAUGUAAAUAUUUUAAUCAAAGCUACCGUAAAUACAAAAUGAGUGUCAGUGGUGAAACUCACUUUGUUCUAAAUAAGUCUCAAAUAUAGCGGUACAUUUCUUGUUUGCAAAGAAUUUGACCGCCAUUUUCGUCAUGUGUCAUUAGUGUGAAAUAGUCGACAGAUUUUAAGCAGUUAACGGACACAUUUUCAAUUUCAUCUGCCGAGACAGUGGGUGGAAAAUGGUAAAGAACAUCAGAUUCUGUUUGAAAGGGCACCCGGAAAUUGGAACAGAAUGCCAGCACUUUGCCAAGUUUAUGUUUUUGACUGAAGCAAACAAAGCAUGAUGGAUAUUGAUGACUCAGAGCAGAGUUCUGCAGAGGCAGCUGUGUCAUCACUCACAGGUUUCCUGUUUGGUAACAUUGAUGAGAAGGGAGAACUCGAGGAAGAUUUUCUGGAUGAGGAAUCAAAGAAGCAUCUAGGAUCCCUUAGUGCCCUGGGUAUAGGUUCUCUUGUAAGGGAGAUAACUGAUGAUGCAGAACAAAUCCAAGAUAGUUCCACCGAUUUAUCUCCAGAUUAUGAAAAGAAGGCAUCCGAUGCAGUUGAUUUUUCUGAUAUUGUUGAAGUUGCGGAUGAGGAAGAAGAGGAUAAAGCUAAAAUCAGUGAUGCAAUGUCUUCCAUGCACAUGCUGAGACAAGAGAAUGAUGAUGAUGAUUAUGAUGAUAAAGAUUCUCAGCUGAUGCCUCCACCAUCCUGGCUCCCAUCUCAGUUAAAACCUGAUGUCAAACCUACCAUAAAUGUAUCAGGGAGUAUUGCCAGCAAUGGGAUGCCAGGUUUGUCAGAGAGUUCAGCUGGUCUAACAAACACCACACCAUCCCUGAACACCCCACUGGCUGCUAUGUUACCUCCAGAACUGAAGAAUGCAGAUGUUACCAAAUAUUUCCCAGAAUUUAGGAAAAAUCAGGUUUUGCGUUUCUCUCGCUUGUUCAAACCUGUACAUCAUCCACAUAUCUGGAAGAGAAAGAAGAAAAAGAAAGAAGAUGGAGAAGAGGAGAAAGAUAAAAAGAAGGAAGAGAAAGGAAAAGAAAGUGCUAAGGUAGAAACAAAUACAUCUAAAACAGAAGAAAUAAAACCAAAAGAAGAACCUGGUACAACUACGUCAGCAACAACAACAACAACACAAGAGUCUGUGUCAGCAGAAGCUGUUAUCUCUGAGCCUCAGUCAACCCCUACAUCUGAUAUUGAAAUUAAAGUUGAAGAACCAUCUGAAGCUGGGAGCCAGGAGAACAAGGAUAUGGAAACGUCUGGUUCCCAGGAGGAUAAAUCAGACAGUGGUAUCAGUGGUGUAGGUGAUGACGAGGAGGAGGAUUAUGAUGAUUAUGUUGCUCAGCUGUUUGGUACAAAAAUCAAACUGAACAUGGGCAGACCAGCACUACCAGAAGAAAUGGCACCAAGUGAUGAGGAACUGUUAAAAAUGAAGGAAUCUGGAGUAAUAACCAAAUCUGAGAAGAAAGCUGAUGGUUCCACAAAGGAAGGCGAUAUUGAUGUAGCUCCAUGGAGGUAUGGUCCAGCUCAGUACUGGUAUGAUAUGCUAGGGGUCAAUGAGACUGGCGAAGGAUUUGACUAUGGGUUCAAGCUCAAAAAGGAACCUGAAGAAAAGAAGGAAACAGAAGAAAUUAAGCAAGAGCCUGGUACCAUUGAGGAGUCAGUGAAAGUAGAACCACCCCAAGAUCUUCCUGAUGAAGCAUUCCUGAUGAUAACACAGUUACAGUGGGAAGAGGAUAUUAUCUGGAGUGGGGAGGAAGCUAGACAGAGGGUGAUGCAAGCACAGAAAACAAGACCUCUUGCUGCUGGCUGGAUUCCCAGUACCAGUCAUAGAACAGCUGCACAGUAUCUACAACAAAAUCGUCCAGGUAUACAAACCAGGUUAGGACCAGGUAAUCUACCUAUAAUGAGAUCUAUAUCAGGACAGUUUGGACAAAAGCCAGAGACCCCAGGAGGAGGUCUAAUGGAACAGGGAAAGGACAACCAAUGGUUCUCAAUAUUCCCUAUAGAGAAUCAGGAUCUCGUGUAUGGUAACUGGGAGGAUGAGAUCAUCUGGGAUUCUGAGAAUAUGGAUUACAUUCCAUCUCCAAAGACUUUGACAAUAGAUCCAAAUGAUGAUAACAUUAUACUGGAGAUACCAGAAGAUAAGGACCCCAGUGCUCCCGAAACUCCAGCUAAGAAAGAGAAGUCGGAGGUGAAGAAGUCACGUAUAUUACUUGGUAAGGCAGGCAUCAUCAAAGACGAGGAGGAGGAAGAUAGCCCCCAACAGACAAAUUCUAACAUUGAUCCAUUCAAUAUGUCUAAUGAUGAGUUUUAUAACCCUAAAUUACUGGAUACAGCUCUCAGAUCUAACAUGGGGGUCAAUCUUAUACAGCAUUCUACACCAGCAGUAGAGUUACAGCAGCCAUUUUUCCCAACAUUCCUCAGUGAAACUAAACUACGAACAUUUCACCGUAAUCCUUUGAAGAAAUAUUCUCAUGGUGCCUUAGCAACACCUGGACCUCACCCUGUUGAUUCCCUUUUUAAAGUCAUUAAAAGGAAAGCAAGGUUACGGGAUCAGGAAAGACAAGCAUUUGGUGGUGGUGAGAUAUUCUUCAUGCGCACACCACAGGACUUAACUGGUCAAGAUGGGGAGCUAAUUCUGUGUGAACACUCUGAGGAGUAUCCUCCCCUUAUGGUGCAGAUUGGCAUGGCAACCAAAAUCAAAAAUUACUACAAGAGAAAACCGGGCAAAGAUAGUGUUGCGCCACAGUACAAGUAUGGUGAAAUAGCAUAUGCCCACUCUUCUCCUUUUCUUGGUACACUGUUGCCCGGCCAGUGCCAGCAAGCUCUGGAAAACAACAUGUUUAGAGCUCCCAUAUAUGAACAUAAAAUGGCACCUACAGAUUUUCUUAUCAUCAGAACCAGGAACCAUUUUUAUAUCCGUGAUGUAGAGACUAUAUUCUGUGUCGGGCAGCAAAAUCCAUUGUAUGAGGUUCCCGGGCCAAAUUCUAAGAGAGCCAAUAAUUUUAUCAGAGAUUUUCUCCAGGUGUUCAUAUACCGGUUGUUUUGGAAGAGUAAAGACAAUCCUAGAAGAAUCAAAAUGGACGACAUUAAGAAAGCAUUCCCCUCCCACUCUGAGAGCAGUAUCAGAAAAAGGCUAAAGCUGUGUGCAGAUUUCAAAAGAACUGAAAGUUAUUCUAGAAAAUAUGGUAUGGAUUCUAACUGGUGGGUGUUGAAGCCAGAUUUCCGACUGAAGACAGAGGAAGAGAUGAGAAAUAUGGUGUCACCAGAACAGUGCUGUGGUUACUACAGUAUGCUGGCUGCAGAACAAAGACUUAAGGAUGCAGGGUAUGGAGAGAAAUCAUUCCUUGCACCAGAGGAGGAUAAUGAGGAAGAGACACAACUCAAGAUAGAAGAUGAGGUAAAGACAGCUCCAUGGAACACUACCCGAGCUUAUAUCUCCGCAAUGAAAGGAAAAUGUUUACUGGACCUGAAUGGUGUAGCUGAUCCCACUGGGGUUGGAGAAGGUUUCUCUUAUAUCAAGGUACCGAACAAGCCACAGCCAAGAGAUGAGGGUAAAGAUAACACACCACAGAAGAAGACUGUGACAGGUACAGAUGCUGAUCUCAGGAAACUCUACUUAAAGGAUGCUAAAAAUCUUCUCAGAAAAUUUGGAGUCCCAGAACAUGAGAUCAAAAAGUUGUCAAGAUGGGAGGUUAUAGAUGUUGUAAGAACAAUGUCGACAGAGCAGGCUAAGGCAGCAGCACAGCAGGAAGUUGGACAUGAGGGAGGCGGCUGGAACAAGUUUGCCCGAGGUAACAGGUUCUCGGUGGCAGAACACCAGGAGAGAUAUAAGGAGGAAUGUCAGAGAUUGUUUGAUCUGCAGAACAAAAUAUUAUCAUCAACAGAGCAUCUGUCUACAGAUGAAGCCUCCAGUUCGGAGGACUCAGAGUUUGAGGAGAUUGGGAAAAAUUUGGAGAGUAUGUUGUCUAACAAGAAAACAAGCUCUCAGAUAAAGAUGGAGAGAGAGGAAGCAGAGAGAAGGGAGUUACAGAGGAUGAUGAUGGAAGGUAAAGAUGACAAACAGAAGAAAGACUCAGUUAAACAAGAGGAAGAUCCUAUGGCAAGUGUUACAGGAAAGAAGUUGAAGAUUACCCGAGUGUUUGUGGAUGAUAAUGGUCGAGAGUUCACCAGGGUAGAGUGGGUGCUUAAACCAGCUGUUAUUGAUGCCUAUGUCCGCAUUCAGAAAACAAAGGAUCCAAAUUUUAUUAAACAGUUUGCCACUAUGGAUGAUGCUGCUAAGGAAGAAAUGAGAAGAGAAAGAAGAAGAUUACAAGAACAGUUAAGACGUAUUAAAAGAAAUGAGGAGAAAGAUAAGGCUGCUCCUGAUUCAUCAGCUAAAAAGAAGAAAAAGAAAGAAGUUCAGUUGUUGAAAUCUAAGAUGAAGUGUGGUGCAUGUGGGCAGACUGGUCACAUGAGAACCAAUAAAGAAUGUCCAAACUACAAUAAGACAGUCGGGAGUAUACCUGCACCAGUCCAGGUUGCCAUGACAGAAGAGGAAGAAGAAAAACAAGGAGAGACUUUGCAGGAUCAUGGACUGGUUGAUGUUGUAGGGACUAAACUCAAGCUCAGCAAAAGUCUUAUUGAACAUGCUGAGCAGAUAAAGAGAAAAUCACUAGUAUUGAAAUUUCCAAAACAAGCUAUGGAAUCCAAGAAAAGGAAAAAGGCAGGAACAACAAUACACUGUGAUUACUUGAAGAAGCCUCGACAGUCAGCCAACAGAAGGAGAGCUGAUCCUGUGGUUACCAUGUCAAGCAUAUUUGAACAGGUGCUCAAUGAAAUGAGAGAUAUGCCAAAUACCCACCCAUUUUUAUACCCAGUUAGUGCCAAAAAUGUUCCAGAUUACUUCAAGAUUGUCAAGGAACCCAUGGAUCUCCAACAUAUUAGAGAGAAUUUGAGAGCAAAGAAGUACAAGUCAAGAGAGGAUUUUCUGUUGGAUGUAAAUUUGAUUAUGAAGAAUAGUAGCUUGUAUAAUGGUCCAAAGAGUACCCUGACUAUGACAGCACAGAGUAUGUUAGACCACUGUCUCAGGAGACUGGCAGAGAAAGAAGAUAAGUUAAUGCGUCUAGAGAAAGCUAUAAACCCACUGCUGGAUGACAAUGAUCAGGUGGCCUUCUCCUUCAUCCUGGAAAAUAUACUCAACAGAAUCAAACUGGUCGACAAUACAUGGCCAUUCCAAAAUCCAGUAAACAAAAAAAUCAUCAAGGAUUACUAUGAUGUCAUAGAGCAGCCAAUGGACCUUGCCUCCAUAUUAAAGAAAAUUCAGAGUCACCAGUACCAGAGUAAGGAGGGGUUUAUUGGAGAUAUACAGUUGAUCUUAGACAAUAGUAUCAGGUAUAAUGGCAAGGACCAUGCCUUCACCACUACAGCUAAGAAAAUGCUGGAUGUAUGUAGGUCUGCCAUUCAGGAGAAUGAUGAGACCAUAACCCAGUUGGAGAAAGAUAUCCGGGCUGCCCAGGAGGCUGCAUUGGAGGCUGCAGAAUCGGAGAGUGUUGUUACUGGUACAUCCAUCACACAUGAUGAUCUUGCACAAGGUCUAGACAAUGAGUCACUGGACAGCUACAGUAUGGGCACCUCUAAAGAAGGUGUAACUAUCAAGGAAUAUACAGAGAUGGAUGAGUCGAACACAGGUGUUACACAAGAUUCACAGCCAUAUUUCCAAGGAGUGAGCAUGUCUGACUCGGACUUUGUUGAUAUAGAAGGAGACGAAGACUCAUUUACCAGGAAAAAGGUAAAGAAGGAAAUGAAGCGUGAAGCUUUUGAAGGUGACAUGGAUGUCACACCAGACAGAAUGGAGGAAGAAAAUGAUAUACUUGGUAAAUUAAGUGAUGAUUCUGAAGAUGAGAAGAACACCCAGGAGGAUCUUGUACAGCAAGGAUAUACUUACAUGGAGGAUGAACAGAGUUGCAUGGAGUCUGCUGCGUCACAACAGUAUCAGGUACAGCCUCCACAGCUAGAGGAUGAGAACAGUUUUGAUCCGUCCGAGUUUUUCCGUCACAGUGCUCUUGCUAGUCAAGCGGCAGCCGAGGAGGAACAGAAUCAGCUGGAGGAUCAACCAAUGGAUACUGUUCUCAACAAUGACCUUGAGGUAUCGGAAUCAGAGAGCGAGAAUGAAGGUCAGGCUAACGACCAGGGAGAAGAUUCUAAUGAGGGAUUUGAUAUAGAAGAAUUCCUGCAAUAAUCUGAAAUGGUUGACCUGACAAUUGAAGUGAUAAGUAAGAGGCUGAAGCAGUUGUCAGGUCACAGAUUAUGAACAUGGAGAAAAGUGUAGUGUCAAGUAUAUGUACUAUGUUUAGGUAAAUUUGACAUAUGAACCUAUUUCAGUACACAGCUCAUAAUAUCUGAGAAUGUGUACUCAACUUGUGCAAUACAGACGUUCUGACUUACCUACAACUGCAGGAACUGUUUUAAUAAAAAGCAGGAUAAGCUCACCAAUUCAGGAAAGAGAAACAGAAAAGAUUGGAUUCAUACUAGGAAAAUAUGAAACAGACUGUAAACAGUUGACAGGUGCAUUUUAGCAGUGACCUGCAAACAGUUCACAGAUCUGUUAGUUGUGACAUGCAAACAGUUCACAGGUGCAUUUUAGCCGUGACUUGCAAACAGUUCACAGGUGCGUUUUAGCAGUGACUUGCAAACAGUUCACAACAGGUCUGUUAGUUGUGACAUGCAAAAAGGUCACAGGUGCGAUUUAGCGGUGACUUGCAAACAGUUCACAACAGGUCUGUUAGUUGUGACAUGCAAAAAGUUCACAGGCAUGUUAGUUGUUCAGUUCAUAGGUGUGUUUUAGUAGUGAUCUGUAAGCAGUUCUUUGACAUAUUUUAGCUGUGAUCUGCAACAGUUUACAGGCGUGUUCUGGCACUGGGAAAUAUUUGUUAGUGUUAAUAGGUGGUUCGAAGGAAGUUUUGUUCAUGUGAAGCAUUCAAAAUAGAUAUCAGGCAUGGAUGUAUUACUAUUAGAUUGAACAAGAAGAUAAAGUUGAUUACUACUGAACUUUACAUGCAUGUAAAGUUUUUAAUUAAGAAACUGGCUAAAAGUUGAGUGCUGGUACAUGUGAAUGUGCUUCAUUUUAAUAUAUAUACUUGACUAUAUGAAGCUGUUGGAGAUCUGUGAAUCAUUGUAAAAUAGAUGUCAUGUUUUGUGUUGUGACUUAACACAACAUGAACUGUGUUUACAGCUCACAAUGCUGUUGUUAUGAAUCAUGUUGAGACUUGAGGGCAUCGAGCGAAUAUUUUUUCAAGUUACAAUAUUUCAAAUGUUGGCAUACUUCCCUGAAGGCACUGCCGACCCGAUCUUACAAUCUGAAGUGAUUAAUUGGUUGAAAACUGAGAUAGAAGUAAAACUUCACAGCGCUAUUUCAUUUUCACUUUUAUUGCAUAUA